UCACGUGACCUGUAAAUCAACGCGCUCGCUGGGUGUCUGGAAACAGUACACAUCUGUACUGUGGAAUCGGAGUGAUGAUGCUGGGGUUUGAAGACCUGCUGAGAAGUCUGCAGGACUGUGUGAUCACCGAGAAUGAAGCAGCUGUGGACGUCAGCCGGACUCUGAGGCAGUUUCUUCAGAAACUGUCUGAAUCGUCCAGGAGCGGCGUGAAGAGAUGCAAGGAGCGCUGCUUGGAGGAAGCUGUCCAGCUGCUGAGACAACUUUCUGAAGCACAGCUGUCUGGUUUAGAAAACGACCAUCUCACACUUCUCGUCAGGCUGCUCAUAUCCACGCAGCUGCAGAUGGUCGGCAUCUCCACAGCUUGUCGCAAAGUGGACCAGAUGUUGCAACAUUUAGCAAAGGUGGACCACCAGCUGGUUUUUAGAGAGACCCGUGAGUGUUUCCACUCCGUAGUCCACAGUGACCAGAUUUUGUGUUUUGAGGAUUUGCAAAGAGCUUGUAUGUUCCUGGAAGACAGCACUGUUGGCCGUGAGGUGUGGAGAGAGUCGUACAUGUCCAUGCUGAACAAAGUGUCUGAGUUACUCCCUGUCGCACUGCAGCAAGAAUCCCUGAGAGAUGGACCGCUGUGCUACAUUACAGUCAAGGUGUGUUUGCAGAUAUUCCAGCUGUUGUCCAGUGAAGUUGCUCCUCUGGUGUGGGAUGAGGAACAGAGAGCCCCAGUGCAAAAGAUCCUGCAGACCCUCAUGGCCAUAAUACUUGGACAGUGCUGCAACAGAGACACUCGUCUUCUUGCCGGCACCGCCAUGGCCAUGCUGAUCAACACAGCCUCAGAGAACGGAGCUGGAGGAGCUGCAGCCUGGAGUCUGCUACAGGUCUCUCACUUGGAGCCCUGGCUGCUGGCUGUCGGUGUUCUCCGGGUGCAGUGCGACCCUGCAGAGAAGGACGGAGUGGCCAGACUGGCUGUUUGCAGAGGUCUCCUGACCUGCUGUCGACCUCACAUUUUGCUCAGUUCACAUGAGGACGCCCCAGAAAAUCGCCUGCUGCUGCACGGUUUGUUUCCUCUGGUGUUUACUUUGUGCGAGGAGAAGCUGGAUUGUCACUACUUUGCCUUCGAAGUGUUAAACUUAUGGCUGAAGAAGGUGAAAGAAUGUCUGGCUGAUCUGUGGAAGGUGACACGUGUUCGCCUUCUUCCUGACAACUGCACUCUGCUGCAGCAGCUCAUUCACCUCAUCUGGACCAAUGCAGAAAGCCCGGUGAGAACAGAACAGAAAAAAGUGGACGGGGUGUCAGAAACUGCUCGCAGUGCAUUUUUUCUGCUGCUGGAUCUCUAUGAGAUGGACUGUAAACAGUUCUGUGACACAAAGAGGGCUCUUUAUCUUACUCUGCUCGAGCGAAUAAUGAAGCUACCUUGGGAAGCCAAAGCUAAGUAUCAUCGCCUGUGCGCCUUGCUGCCGUAUCUGGGUACUGACAAGCUGCUGGAUCAGUGUCCUGAAAUAUCCAGUCAUCUCCUGAAGUGCUUGUCUACCAAUCACCUGGCACCGUGUGGGUCAGAGCUUUAUAAAAGUCUGAUCCAGCAGCAGAGGCGAGAGCUGUGUGGUGGCUCUUCUUCACACGCGGAGCUGGAUCUGGCGAGUCACUGGGCACGGCGUUGGCAAUCUGUCCUUCAUGAGGCGCUGACAUCUGAAGUGCCUCUUCUACAGAACUACAGUGCAACGCAGUUAUUACCCUGCACCUUCCAGGUGUUCCCCUCUGCUGUGGACCACAUGCUGGCCUCCCUGGACCCAUACACCCCAGGUCACCUCCACGCCUGGGCCUGCAUCUUGAGCUCUUAUCGAGCUGUAACUGGAGACUCCCUCUGGGCCCUUCAGGGUAGUUCCACCUUAGAGACCCUCCAGCUAGCUCUAGGAUCUGCAGAUGACAAAGUACGACUUGCUGCUCUCAAUCUGCUCUGCUGCUGCCCGAAGACCAAAGACACACCAACUCCACAGGAGAUGGCGAUCAUGAGGACGUUCAUACCUCAGAAUCUAAACUGCGACUCCUCGCCUUUUCGCCAACAUUUUCAGGCUGGAGUGAAGAAGUUUCUGAUUCGGAUCAGAGAUGGCUGUUUGGCAUAUGUCAGAGGACAGAAGGGCAAAAAGAAAGGAGAAUCCUCUCACUCGGAAAGGACACAGGAUCUCUUAGAUCAGGGAAUAGGAUUUGUGGAAUGGCUGAGUCAGCUUCCAUACACCUAUCUGGCACCAGGACACAGUUAUCAGAGAAAGAAGACGGCAUUGCUGUUGCUCUCAGCAGUGCUGGAGACCUGCACAGACACCUGGAGCCCAGACAGGAAGAAGGGACAACCUCCGGCAAAUAUCAGUUCUCUCAUUAGCUGUGCCAGACAGAGAGGACAGUGGGAUUUCUUCUGCAGGACGAAACAGCUAGUACUUCUCAGCUGUUUAGAAGAUUCUACAAAUGAGAUUCGGGAGCUUGCUGCUGGGUUAUUGUUGAGAUUUUUUCCACCCAGUUUUCUAGAUGAUCUCACUGAAGUGCUGCAUACGAGAACUAAACAGCUUCUAUGCAGUCCCCGGGUGCAGGAGGCCCAAAUGGGAGCACUGAUGAUGAAGAUCCUCCUUCAGAAAUCAAAACACCAGUGUGAGGACUGCAGGCUGAACAGUAGGGAAGGUAACUCAAAGGCCUUCUGCAUGGUUAAAGUCCUGGUGAAGGAGCUCGAGGAGCACUAUCUAACAGCCAAGGCAGACAUGAUGCUUGCUGCCAGAGAAAAGCCUAUACAUGGUGCUCUAAGUGCUCUUCAGAGGUGUUUGCUUGAGACACCCAACAGUGUAUAUGACACCCUUGACCCCAGUCUGAACAUGGAGGUGCUGGGCCUGCUGGAGAACAUCUCUCUGCUGCUGCUCGGUGUUCUUUACGGAGAUCCAGAAGCAUGUGCCAGCGAGAAGGAUGCACCGCCUUCCUUUUGUGAUAUGGGAAAUGCCAUCAGCUCUCUGAUAGCCCAAACAUCUGCAGGUGGCCAGGCAGAGGGAGAGGAGUUUGUCCUGCUCUCUGAGGAGCACAGCCUUGUUCUCACCUGCUGCUGGGUCUCCCUCAAGGAAAUAGGAAUAUUUUUAGGCUCUUUGGUGGAGAAAAUUCUCACACAAUCCAAACAACCCAGCAAGUGCCUUCUAACAAAACAGGAUCUAAUAAAAGCUGCAGAAAUAUUCAAGAAUAUUCUUCUCAAAUGCCGUCACUGGGGGGCAGUAGAGGGAUGUUGUAUAGGUUUCACAAAGUUCUGCGCUUCUCUGUUGAGCAGCAGUGAUCCAGAGCUCAGGGAUAUCCCAGCCCAAAUGCUGAAAAAAGGACUGCAGGUUGUUCAGUGUCUUCGUUCUACAUCUGUGACCCGGCGGGCUGCGGGGUUGCCUAUGCUCAUCCUGUGCAUUUUGUCUGCAGAGGAAGCGAGUAAAGCAAGACCACUGUUAGCCCACAGUAUGCAAACCUUGCUGGAAACAGCCAGAACUCCUCUAAAUGAUGACUGGGACCAAACGUUGGACCUGCCACAGGUGUGUGCAGUGCACAUCCUGCAGGCUCUGGUGCGGAGCACGGCUUUGGGAGCAGCUAUCCUUCAGUUUGCGUCAGAUGUAGCUAUCUUGUCGCUCACUCUGCUCAGCUCUCCUUGCUGGGCCAUGAGGAACGCUGCUCUGCAACUUUACAGUUCUCUCUGCACACGAAUGCUCGGCCAGCGGUCGACCUCUGAAGAGGCUGGCCCCACGCAGCAUGCUAUGUCUCCUGCUGCCUUCUUCUUCCACUAUCCUGCACUCCAGCCCUUCCUCCUGGGCGAGCUGAGAGGGUCAGCACAAGACCUCGAGGGUCCACCCAAUGAGGCCAAGCUACAUCUCAAACCCUCGCUCUACCCUAUUCUCACUCUGCUAGCCCAACUCCAGCCCGGUGUUCAAGACUCAGAAGAAACUUUGUCAGACUUCCUGCCUCCUUUACUCCAGCUGUCUGCCAGUCCGAUUUACAGUGUGAGAAUGAUGGCCUCAAAGGCUCUGGUUGCCAUGACUCCUCCCUCUGAGUACAUGAACAUCCUCAUCAACCUGACAUCUCAACUUCCCAGUCCACAGCAGCAGUGCUCUCACAACCGGCUCCAUGGACAGCUGCUGCAGAUCAAAGCUAUUCUAGAAAGAGCUCUCAGCGGCAACAGCAGCGCCCCUUCAGAUGACCUGUUUGAGGUGCUGAGCAGGAUAAUAGCAUCGCUGUGGAUGGUGACUGAAGCUCAACGCUGCCCCCUGGUGAGAGCAGUCUAUCUCGAUGUGGUCGAUGCUCUUAGAAGAUUUUUCUGUGAGACCUACCUUUCAGAUCUCAGCAGCACACUCCUGCGUGACCUCCAAACACCUCAGCAGAGUCUUCAGGUUGGGGUGUCAUCCUUCCAUGAAAAAGCCAUUCACUUUCUUUGUGCAGAUCAACAAUGGGCAUGCAAAAUCUGGGAGAACUUCUCUUCAGCGAGCCCUGAUCUUAGACUCACAUUGAUUGCAUGGGUCCUGGAUGGGCAGAGUUUGCGGCAGACUGGCUUGAAAGAAGUGAUCCAGAGGGUGCUGCAGGCAAAUUUAAGGGAGGCGUUGUUGAGCGGCAGUGUGGAGUACUGCAGGAGCUACCUCGCAGCCCUGGUGGCAGUGAUGGUCAGAGGUGAUACUGUUUCAUCCCAGCGUGUUGUGCUCUUGGCCCCACUGGAAGAGCCAGUUCUGCUUGAGUGUCUGGAUUUACUGCUUAGGGACGUGGAGGACCAGAGAGGCGGGCCAGAGUUUCUAUCCCAGGCUUUCUCUGCUGCUAGCCUGCUGCUGUCCCAUUGGCCACAAUCCAGUCUAAAGAUAUCCAUGAUCCAGCGCUGGUGUGGUAUUUUGGAAUGCCUUUGGGCCCCAGAUGUCCCUGAAGUGCUCAGGAUAGCAUGCGCUGAAGCUCUGUGUGUGGCUGGAGCGCCACUCAUGAGCCACACAAUGAAAGAAUACAGCACUCUGGUUCCCAUUAUGAUCAGGUUGAUCAACACAGGCCUUUACUUGCUGCAGGACCAAAGCCAGGAGGUGAGGAUUAAAGCGGCUUGUUUCGCCUCCGUGCUCCACCAUGCAAGAAGAGGCCAAAGCCAGAGGAAUGUCUACCUUAUGCAGGUCAAUCAAGCUCUGCCAUUCCUCUUAGAUGUGCUGCUAGCGGAGUGCUGGGAUGCUCCUGGCCCACUGGAGGUGCUGAUGUGUCACCUGCCUCAGUCUGACCUCAGAUCUGUGCUGAGACAGGCCUCGGUGGAGGGGUGUUCCAGUCUGUAUGAGCAGGAUGAGGCCAAUGUGUUUGCAGAGCCCUCUGUGAUGUCCGUGCAUGUACUGCCUUACCUGCUACAGAUGGCUGAAAAGUACUCUCAAUCCUCUUCCCUGGCACGGAGCCUGAAUUCAUGGGCACGGGACAAUGCUGCACAGGUGGUAGACGGCCUUGCAGUCUGCAAAGAAUUCCAGCCAGCUGAAUCAUUGACCCCCUUAUGGCUGGCUCUCCUUGUGGACCCCCGUUUCCACAGCACCCUGUGUGGCCUGUUGACCAGGGCUGCCUUCCUCCUCCGACUACUGAAAACAUCUAAUUAUAUACAACACCUUUGUGAUCCUUUAUCCGUGAACACGCAUUUACAGGACGUUUGUAGUCUACUCACUCAGAACGGUGUCCACUUUCCUUCUGCUUUGACAGCUGCUGUGGCUGGAGAGCUGCCACUAUGAGCAGAGCCUUUUUGGCUGAUGUGGCUGUGGAUAAAAUUACCUGCAGACACUUGAAGAAUGAUGAUGAUGGCAUACUCGUAUAAGGGCCAAGGCGUGAAUGAGUACUGCGGAUCCUGAUGCUGCAGUACAAGGUUAUGUAAGAGCUGCUACCACUUCUGGGCAUUAUAAUAUUUGCUCUACAGAAAAGAGACCAUCCAGGCUCUUCAUGCCCACUGCACAUAUGCUUAAAAAAAAGAAAAGAAAAAGAAAACAGCUGCUCCUCCUAAUCUCUAGAGGGAUGUUAAUGAUACAAUGCCUUUUAAUAAAGUUUUAUAACAUU